CUCCAGCCAUGGGAGAGGCCUUGCAGGGACACCCAGGGGCCCUCCUGCUGCCCAGGAGCUGCUGCCACGCCCGGGGAGCUGCCAGUGGCCAUGCUCAAUGCAAGAUGACCCUCACCACCACCACCAGCAUGGCCCAGGCUUUCUUCUGCCUCCUGCUCUGCAUCCCCUGGGGCAGCUCCUGCCCCCCCAGCUGCCAGUGCACGGAGCGGGCUGGGGCCAAGGCUGUCCUCUGCAGCUCCCAGCACCUGCAGGAGAUCCCCAAGGACAUCCCCAGAGACGUGGUGUUCCUCAAGCUGGAUGCCAACAGCAUCACCAGGAUCCCCAGCAACGCCUUCAGGCACCUCUCCCACCUGGAGGAAAUCGACCUGUCCGGGAACGCCAUCGAGAAGAUCGACAGGGCGGCUUUCAGAGGGGUGGCGGCCGGGCUGCGGAGCCUCGACCUCUCCGGCAACCGCAUCCGCAGCAUUCCCAAGGAGGCGCUGCUGGCUCUCGGCGCCAAGCUCCGGCUGGCCAACAACCCCUGGCACUGCGAGUGCGCCCUGCAGGAGGUGCUCUGGGAGGCGCGGCUGGACCCCGACUCCGUGCGGGACAUCACCUGCCACACGGCCCCGCGGCAGGAGUACGUGGGCAAGCCGCUGCUCCAGGUGCUGCACGCCGGCGCCAACUUCUGCAGCGUGCGCCAGAGGAGCACGGACGUGGCCGUGCUGGUCACCAUGUUCGGCUGGUUCGCCAUGCUCGUCGUCUAUGUCAUCUGCUACGUGCGCCACAACCGGGAGCGCUCCUGCGGCCACCGGGAGCACCCGCCGGCACUGCCGGGCGCUCGGGGCCGUGCAGAGACCUCCAGCACUGCCCUGUAGUGAAGGCUGGCUGCCAGCUCCCAGCAUCUUCACAGGGAACCCAUGGCAGAGACCUCCAGCACUGCCCUGUAGCGAGGGCUGGCUGCCAGCUUCCAGUAUCUUCACAGGGAACCCAUGGCAGAGAGCACCAGCACUGCCCCAAAGGGCAGGGCUGGGUGCCAGCUUCAGGCUUAUCCACAGGGAGCCCAUGGCAGAGACCUGCAGCACUGCCCUGUAGUGAGGGCUGGGUGCCAGCUUCAGGCUUAUCCACAGGGAGCCCAUGGCAGAGACCUGCAGCACUGCCCUGUGGUGAGGGCUGGGUGCCAGCUUCCAGCAUCUUCUCGGUUUGGAAAGCCAGGUGUCUGCUAAGGAAGGCAGGAGUCUCCCCUGAAAUGGAGAAUGCAAACCUCCUCCCUCCGAAUUGCUAUGAAUUUAAAAUUAAGGGGGUCUCAUA